GAGAGAGAGAGAGAGAGAGAGAGAGAAGGAGAGAAGGAGGAACCGAAUCAAAGCCGCAUAACAAUAUCAGAACAUAAGAGUCUAAAUCGACCAUCAUCAGCGCGCUGACGUCCAGGGUUGGCAGAUGCGAGCUGUUUCCUCCGGCUUUCAGCGUCCAAUUACAAUGGACGAGCUCAGCCUGUGGACUCUAAACCGCUGCCCAGUCAGAAGCGAGUGAAGGGAGAAAAAAAAAAAAAAAAAGAAAGAAAGAAAGAAAGAAAGAAAGAAAGAAAAAGAAUAAAAGAGGGGGAGCUGAGCUGGAGAGAGAAACAAUGCACUGGCUCAUCCGUCUGCUGUGAUUUGAAGUGGGAUUCAUAUAUUACUAUUUUUCAUUUUUUUUUUUUUUUUUUUUUUUCGCUUCAUUGAUAUUGAUUGUAUCUUAUAAGUCGCCGGAGCAAGUGAGGAGGAGACCGCCGCUGAGAUCUGGUCCAAGCACGCAAAGGAAUAAACGGUUUUGUGUUUGCCUCUGCAGGACUACAAGUGAAAAACACCAUGGUCCUCCUUUGGAUCUCCAGAUUCACCUUGAUCGUCCUGGCGUGCUUACCCAGACUUUUGCUCGGAUGCCCUUACGGCUGUCGAUGCUACAGCCUCACCGUGGAGUGCGGAUCUCUUGGGAUCAAAGAAAUCCCACAGGGUGUUCCCCCCGUAACUGAGACCAUCUUCCUCCAGGACAACUCAAUAAUGCAGAUCCGUCUUCAGGACUUGACUCGUCUGGGCCAGCUUCAUUACCUCUACCUCCAGAACAACAGUAUCUCAGCCGUGGAGCCCGGGGCGUUUGUCAGCCAGGGUCAGCUCCUGGAGCUAGCUCUCAAUGGGAAUCUAAUCCACCUGGUCACUGCAGACAUGUUUCGAGGCCUGGAGCACCUUAGGAUCCUGUAUCUUGCCGGAAACCAGAUCACCCGAGUUCAGGAUCAUACUUUCAGGGGACUGCAGCGUCUGCAGGAACUUCACCUGCAGGAAAACAGCAUCGAGCUGUUAGCGGAGCAGGCUCUGUCUGGGUUGUCAUCUCUGGCCCUGUUGGACCUCAGCAGAAAUCACCUUCGUACCCUUGGAGCCUCGUCCCUUAAACCGCUGGUUAGUCUGCAGGUGCUCCGUGUGACAGAGAAUCCAUGGCGCUGUGAUUGCGCUCUGGGCUGGCUGAGGACCUGGAUCAGCGAAGAUGGCCAGCGUCUCCUGAGUUCUGCAGAACAGCGUCGUCUGAUGUGUUCGGAACCGCCCCGCCUCUCGCACCUCAGUCUGGUGGAGGUGGCCCCCAACAGCCUGGUCUGCAUCCCUCCCGUGGUGCAGCUGGAGCCCAGCCACCUGACCGUACGGUUGGGGGAGAGCCUCAGGGUCUCCUGCCAAGCCUCGGGAUACCCUCAACCACAGGUCACCUGGAAGAAAGCGUCCCACGGCAAAGCCCAGCUGUCGCCCCGAGGCCUCGUUCAAGAACUGGGACCUAACGGCGAGCUGUUCAGGCCUGGAGCUGGAGGAGUAGUGACGGCCCUGCCCAGUAGCAGUAAGACCAAAGUUGUCGGUGUCGGAGGGGUUGGAGGUAUCAACGGGCUUGUACGUGGCACUGAGGAAGGAGGUGAGAGGGACAGCUUUGACCCAGACACAGGCAGCGGCAUGUUAUUCCUCAGUAAUGUGACAGUGGCGCAUGCGGGUCGCUACGAAUGUGAAGCCUGGAACCCUGGUGGUGUUGCUAAAGUUACCUUUCAUCUGGCCGUGAACAUGUCCUCUUCCUCCUAUUCAUCCCAGUUCUGGCCUCGUCUCAACACACACUCGUUUGUUUCGUCUUCAUCCAACUCCUUCUAUCAGCCAGAGGUUCUGGACGUGAGUCAGGAGCCUCUGUACGAACAGGACAGCAUGGAUUUUAACGCUCUGGGUCCUGCCACGCAGACCGCCAUCGCUGUCGGCAUCUCCUUGCUGGCUCUCACCGCUGUGCUCCUGUUAAUUAUGAUCUACACUCGCCACCAGCAGUACCAGAAGGAAGAAGGUGGCUGCUAUUGUUCAAGCAAGGAGGAGAGCAUCCUUUACGUCAACGACUACUCUGACGGACCUACUACUUUUGCGCAGCUGGAGGAGUAUCGCGACGACCACGGCCACGAGAUGUACGUACUCAACCGAGCCAAGCCGGUGAUGGGACCGGGGUCAUCCAGGUGUCCCAUGAUCAGCGGGUUUGUCCAGCAGAAGGGUAUAAAGGAGGCUCUUCUAGAUCAUGAAAUGGUCCAGACACUGACCAGAUCAGGGGGAAUGGGGAUUCGUAGAAACCCAGGAGAUGGUGGAGAGGGACCCCUAACAACAGACCCAGAGGAGCUUUUCCUUAGUCAGAGUCUCCUUUUCGGAUCACAGGUUGCCUACGAGAUCCACUGCUAAAAGGUUAAAGAGCCUGAAUAUAAAAUUUUAUGUGGAUGGACUUAAUUAAAGACAUUAAAGGAAAUUACCUUGAAGAGGUGAUUUGAAGCGUCAGAUUGUUAUCUUCAUAGGAUUGAAGAUUGUAAGAAUGUCAAAGUAGGAAUGGAAGAAACCUCACAGGAGCUUUUAGAGAGCCUUAUCUGAUUGAUUGUUUAACUUUAGGAUAGUCCAGAGAGACAAAUAGUAAAAAAAAUUAAAUGGAUAAUAAUUGAAACAUGCAAUUCUCAAGUUU